CCCGCGCCACGGACGUGGUUCUGGACCACCACAACACAGUGUGCGGAGCGUGGUGCCAUUUACUGUCAGAACGGAGUCUCCUGUACGCAGGACACGGGCUCAGCAAUUAGCUACAGCACGAAGCUACAGCACAACAAGCUACAGCAGGAAGUAGUGCUAAGGGCGUGUGUCGACGACUAGGAGUUGAUCCGUCCGUUAAAGAUGGAACCUUUUGAGGAGGGAGGCGAUGAUAUCCCCGUCGCAGGCGGGGAUCCUACCGUCGGAGUAAAUGCAGCGCAACCUCAGGAGCAACCAAAAAAGAGUGCUUUGGGAAUUGAGGACCUGCCAGAGGAUGCUCUGCUCCACAUCUUCUCCCGGAUCAACGAUUCAUUCACUCUCCAAGUAGUCCUUCCCCGUGUGAGCCCGCGGUGGAAGGCAGUGGCGGAGAAGGCGCGCGGCUGGCACGGCAUAGUAAGGGCGGUGAAGACGACGAAGUUGCUCAUGGAGUUAUCCCAUCAUCGCGCACGACCUCUAGUCGAUGGCUGCUCAUACUUUAAUGAUUUCCUCUGGCCUACUGAACGACGAGUCAUCCCAAACCACCGCGUUGUCCGUGACUAUGGUCGUUUUCUGGUGCAUCAAAAUCUCUUCAUGAUGGAAGACGGUAAGCGACGUUCCCUACGCCAAGGGUACCUGGAAUCGGUUUGGCGCAGCAGGCACCACCUCAAACGAUUGGCCUUGGUGUUAGACGAUACGACAAAAACUGACAAGGGUAUGAGCUCUUUGUAUGUGGUAUCUCAAAUGUUCCGUCUUGAGGAAUUAUAUCUCUUCGUAGAAAAUGGCUUCGAGUACAAAAUAGGGACAUUGCAGCGAGCUUUUCCCAAUCUGAAAAGUAUCGAGGUGAAUCAGAAAGAGAGGAGUUCUAGGCAGAAUGAUUUGAUCAAAGACCUGUUGGUGGUUAGCCUUGUCCAGGCUCACUUUCGUCCUGGCUUCCCCUACAGAGCAGACCUGCUCACGGCACUGGCUAAGUGCCAGAAUUUGACUGACCUGACUAUAAGUUCGGAAUACGCCCCUGCCUUUCGGGCUCUGUUUGCCCUAAAAUGCGCUAACGUUCAUGUGAUCUUGGACACAUCGACUCCUGCCGAUGAAAUUGUGCCGAUCUUUGUGUCGUUGUACUCGCAAACAUUACGGUACUUGCACGUAACAGUUUGGUGCCAAAUGUGCCCUGGAUGCAUUAAAGCCAUUAGAGACAAAUGCGACAAGGGGGUGGAGUCCAUGCGAGAACUGGGAUUCAGGGGAAAGGCAACAUACAUACUGCAGCAGAAGUCGCGGUUGGAGGUUGACUUGACAGGCGCUGGAACCUUCACUAGAAGGGUGUCGUUUAUUUAAUUCCUUCGUAGUCAUUUUUUCUUUUUCAAAAUUCGUACAUUAUGUGAUAAUGAACAACUGUGUAACUUAAAUGACACUUUUAUAGCCUUAUUUCAGAAACUUGAUUAACAUUUGACCGUUUUGCUUUUCAAGUUGUAAUACAUUUUCAUCCUAAUCUGCAUUGACAUUCACGAAUUAAUAUUGAUUGGCCUGAAUAGAUUAAAUUCUGAUGAGGCAUGUGUAGCGACUUACAAUACAGCAACAAGUGUCAGUUCUGAUUUCUAUUCUUCUUCCUUCUCUGGUAUGCUUAUCAAAACCACAACAAAAGUACACUAAUUUCUGGCAAAUUUUCUAUCAGGAAUUUAUUGUACUUUUUAAGUACAAUAAUUGUUGUACAAAGUACAGUGGAACCGGCAUAACGAGUGCUGUGCA